CCGGUGGCAUCGAAUCUCGCAGUAUCUUGGGUGAUGAACCAAGGGCAUGACGACGACGCGACAGCAGACGCGCGCUGGCACAACCGGCUCGGCGCGCUCCUGAGCGCCAGCGGCAAAUACGCCAAGGCCGUCGCCCACUUUGAGGCAGCGCUGCGCCUCGACCCGACGUACGCCGCCGCCCACUACAACCUCGGGAACGCCCUCGUCUUUACGCGGCGCCAGGCCAACGACGACGACGAGGCGGCGCACACGACGCAGAGCGCGGUGGACCACUUUCGCCUCGCGAUUGCGCACCAGCCGACCUUUGCCGACGCCCAUGUCAACCUCGCCGCGCAGCUCUACGCGCUGGGCGACUGCGACGCCGCCCUCGUGCACGCGCGCACCGCGAUCGAGCUGGACCCGACCAACACCCACGGCUACUACAAUCUCAACACGAUCUACCGCGCGUUAGGCCAGCAGUGCACGGCCAUCGAAUUGUGCUGGGCGCGAGUCCAAGCUCUUGUGGGUGCGUUCAUCGAGCGGCCAACCACCGAGCCCGUGCACGUGCCGCCGCCGCCCUCGACCGUCUCGAUCGCCUGUGUCAAGUGGGGCACGAAGUAUGGAUCCGACUAUGUCAACAAGCUGUACUCGGGUAUCCAGCGCCAUUUGGCGACGCCUUUUCGCUUCUACUGCCUUACCGACGACGCCGCUGGUUUGCGCCCAGAGAUCAUCGUGCACCCGCUCCAGCCGGGCUUUGUCGGCUGGUGGAACAAAGCGCAGCUCUUUGCUCCCGACUUUCCCGCCACCGGUAGUACGAGACCUCUGCGCGCGCUGCUCUCACAAGUAGUAGGCCGCGUCGUGUACAUCGACCUCGACACCGUUCUGGUCGGCGACAUCACAGCGCUCUGCUCGUACGCGGGCCCAUUCGGCGUCCUUGGCACCGACGACAUGCGCAACGAGCGGCGGCGCGGUGGCAUCAACAGCAGCGUCAUGAUCUGGUCCGCUGGCUCGUACGCGCACGUGUUUACGCUCCUCGCCGCUCACGCGACUGCAGUCCACCAGUGCAUCUACAAGUUUGACCAUUGGCUCGAGAUGAUCUUGCACGAGCGCCACUACGACGAGCUGCAGCUUUUGUACCCGGGGCACAUUGUCGAGUAUAUGCAGGCGUGCCAGGCGACGUGCCCCGGUGCAGCGCGGCUUGUGUGCUUUCCGCUCGAGCCCAAGCCGCAUACCGCGCCCGCUCCGUGGAUACAAGCGCACUGGGUGUGAUUUGCGAUCUUUUCAUCCGGAUAAUCGUCGAAAACCGGAUGCAAUGUCUUUUAUUUC